UCUGUGAGGGGAUGAGCUUAGGAGAAAGGGCCUGGAUUUUCCCUGUCCGGGGCUUUAUAUAGCUCUCCUAGGAGUUACUAGCUCUGCCCAGCGCAAGGGGCCACAGGAGACCCUGAGUGGAGGGACCGGGGACAGUAGACGACAUGAGAGAGUUGCUUCUCUCCUUCCCUCGUGUGGACCUGACAUUAAACUCAAGUCGUUAGGUUUGGCGGUGAGCGCCCUUGCUCCACUGAGCCGGCUCGCCAGUUCAGUUUGUCUUCUCCUUUCCAAACUUUGCCCCCGGCCACUCUGGGGCUUCUGGGUCCAGCACCAGGGUUGAAGGGAGAUGAGUAGGCUGUGGGAUUCAGAGACAAGGUGGCUCUGGCGACCUGGUUUGUUCUGCAUGAUAUUCCACACUGCAGUCAUUGACUGAAGCCAUGGACACUCACAGCAGGGUCCAAACCAAACCCCCCAAUCCAGCCACGAGUCUUCGCUCUCAAGCCCGCCCUCCGUUCUGCUAUCAUCUACGGCUAACUCACACCCUCCCCACCUGAAGCCUUUUCAAGGUGUGAGCCCGCUGAGAGAUCUUUGUCUGUCCUGUCCGGUUCUUCUUCAUUUCAGGUUUAGUCCAUUAUGACCAGGAAGGGGAACAUGGCGACGUGCAGGCCGACGUGGUGCUGGAACUGAGAGCGCUACAUCUUACAGGCAACAGGAAGCUGACUGACUGUCACACCAAGUUAAGCUUGAGAAAAAGACCUCAAAGCCGGCCCCCACAGUGCUACACUUUCAGUAGAAGGUGUAGCCCAGAUUAAAGGUGUACCCUCCAGCCUCAAGGUCUGGAUUAAAGAAGGGGCAAGGAGAAGACUGGAGAGAUGGCUCAGCAGUUAAGAGCACGCUUUGCUCAUCCAGAGGACACGAGUUCAGUUCCCGGCACCUGCGUGUAACUCCAGUUUUACGGCACCUGACACCCUCUUCUGACCUCCUCAGGCACUACUGCGUGCAGACGAAACAUCCAUUCACAUAAAACAUAAUCAAAAGAAGAAAUUAAAAAAAUACAAAGUAAACUAAAUGAACUCUUCUGUUAAAAACGUACAAGAGAAUCUCGGUAUCCCUUCCCCAAGGUGGCUUUAGCAGGCUUGAGGCUCCCUGGGGACAGGAACGCCUGGCCUGGAGUGCUUUACAUCGCACCAUGACCCUCCUGCUGCUGCCCCUCCUGCUGACCUCUCUGCUCCAGCUCAGCUCUGGCAACAAAGCCAACAAGCACAAGCCAUGGAUUGAGGCAGAGUACCAGGGCAUUGUCAUGGAGAAUGACAACACCGUCCUGUUGAAUCCACCACUCUUUGCCUUGGACAAAGAUGCCCCGCUGCGCUACGCAGGUGAGAUCUGUGGCUUCCGGCUGCACGGCUCUGGGGUGCCCUUUGAGGCUGUGAUCCUGGACAAGGCAACAGGUGAAGGGCUGAUCCGGGCCAAGGAGCCUGUGGACUGUGAGGCCCAGAAGGAGCACACCUUUACCAUCCAGGCUUAUGACUGUGGCGAGGGGCCCGAAGGCACCAAUACCAAGAAGUCUCACAAGGCAACCGUGCAUGUCCGCGUCAACGAUGUGAAUGAGUUUGCCCCGGUAUUUGUGGAGCAUCUGUACCGAGCUGCAGUGACAGAGGGGAAGUUGUAUGACCGCAUCUUACGUGUGGAAGCCAUUGAUGGUGACUGCUCCCCCCAGUACAGCCAGAUCUGCUACUAUGAGAUCCUUACACCCAACACCCCUUUCCUCAUCGACAAUGACGGCAACAUUGAGAACACGGAGAAGCUACAGUACAGUGGUGAGAAGCUCUACAAGUUCACAGUGACAGCGUACGACUGUGGGAAGAAGCGGGCUGCGGAUGACGCCGAGGUGGAGAUUCAGGUGAAGCCCACCUGCAAGCCCAGCUGGCAAGGCUGGAACAAAAGGAUUGAGUAUGCCCCGGGAGCUGGGAGCUUGGCUUUGUUCCCUGGCAUCCGCCUGGAGACCUGCGACGAACCGUUAUGGAACAUUCAGGCCACCAUAGAGUUGCAGACCAGCCAUGUGGCCAAGGGCUGCGACCGAGACAACUACUCAGAAAGGGCACUGCGGAAACUCUGCGGUGCUGCCACUGGGGAGGUAGACUUGUUGCCCAUGCCCGGUCCCAAUGCCAACUGGACAGCGGGACUCUCAGUGCACUACAGCCAGGACAGCAGCCUCAUCUACUGGUUCAAUGGCACCCAAGCUGUGCAAGUUCCCCUGGGUGGCCCAGCAGGCCUGGGCGCUGGGCCGCAGGAUGGUCUCAGUGACCACUUUACACUGUCCUUCUGGAUGAAGCAUGGCGUGACUCCCAGCAAGGGGAAGAAGGAGGAGGAGACCAUCGUGUGUAACACAGUCCAGAAUGAGGAUGGCUUCUCUCACUACUCACUGACCGUCCAUGGCUGCAGAAUUGCCUUCCUCUACUGGCCGCUGCUCGAGAGUGCACGCCCAGUCAAGUUUCUCUGGAAACUGGAGCAGGUUUGUGACGAUGAGUGGCACCACUAUGCCCUGAAUCUCGAGUUCCCUACAGUCACACUGUAUACCGAUGGCAUCUCCUUCGACCCUGCUCUCAUCCAUGACAAUGGACUCAUCCACCCACCUAGGAGGGAACCUGCGCUCAUGAUUGGGGCCUGCUGGACUGAAGAGAAGAACAAAGAGAAGGAAAAAGGAGACAACAGUACAGACACAACCCCAGGAGACCCCUUGCAGAUCCACCACUACUUCCAUGGCUACCUGGCUGGUUUCAGCGUGCGUUCAGGUCGCCUGGAGAGCCGUGAGGUCAUCGAGUGCCUCUAUGCAUGUCGGGAGGGGCUGGACUAUAGGGAUUUCGAGAGCCUGGGCAAAGGCAUGAAGGUCCACGUGAACCCCUCGCAGUCCCUGCUCACCCUGGAGGGGGAUGAUGUGGAGACCUUCAACCAUGCCCUGCAACAUGUGGCUUACAUGAACACUCUGCGUUUUGCCACACCCGGCGUCAGGCCCUUGCGCCUCACCACUGCUGUCAAGUGCUUCAGUGAAGAGUCCUGUGUCUCCAUCCCUGAAGUGGAAGGCUAUGUGGUGGUCCUUCAGCCUGAUGCCCCUCAGAUCCUUCUGAGUGGCACGGCUCAUUUUGCCCGCCCAGCGGUGGACUUUGAGGGACCCGAGGGGGUUCCUUUGUUCCCUGAUCUUCAGAUCACCUGCUCCAUUUCUCACCAGGUGGAGGCCAAAGCAGAUGAGAGUUGGCAGGGCACAGUGACAGACACACGCAUGUCCGAUGAGAUUGUACACAACCUGGAUGGCUGUGAAAUUUCUCUGGUGGGUGAUGACCUGGACCCUGAGCGAGAAAGCCUGCUCUUGGACAUGGCAUCCCUGCAGCAGCGAGGCCUGGAGCUCACCAACACAUCUGCCUACCUCACCAUUGCUGGGGUGGAGACCAUCACUGUGUAUGAAGAGAUCCUGAGGCACGCUCGGUAUCAGCUUCGGCAUGGAGCCGCCCUGUAUGCCAGGAAAUUCAGGCUUUCCUGCUCAGAGAUGAAUGGCCGCUACUCCAGCAACGAGUUCAUCGUGGAGGUCAACGUCCUGCAUAGCAUGAACCGGGUGGCCCACCCCAGCCAUGUGCUCAGCUCACAGCAGUUCCUGCACCGGGGUCACCAGCCUCCUCCUGAGAUGGCUGGACACAGCCUGGCCAGCUCCCACCGGAACUCCAUGGUCCCCAGUGCUGCGACUCUCAUCAUUGUGGUCUGUGUGGGCUUCCUGGUGCUUAUGGUCAUUCUGGGCCUCGUGCGGAUCCACUCCCUUCACCGCCGCGUCUCGGGAGCCGGAGGACCCUCAGGGGCUUCCACUGAUCCGAAAGACCCUGAUCUCUUCUGGGAUGACUCUGCUCUCACCAUUAUCGUGAACCCCAUGGAGUCCUACCAGAACCAGCAGGCCGGUGUGGCAGGGGUUGCUGGUGGCCAGCAAGAGGAAGAAGACAGCAGUGACUCAGAGGCUGCUGACUCCCCCAGCAGUGACGAGAGACGCAUCAUUGAGAGCCCCCCACACCGCUACUGAGGCUCCAACUCUGCCUAGAGAGAGGCCUGCCCUGGGGAGACAGGCACCCAGGAAACAAAGGGAGAGAGACAUUCCAAGAGAAGAGAGACCAAGAGGAGAAAGAGCUCUUCACGCCGAGUGCUCCCUCAAUCUCAGAGCCCCAGCAGGCCCCACAGGGGUUGCCCUCCUCCAGCCUGCCCCAGCUAGCUGCGCUGGGAGAGCAGAGAGCCGCUGGAUGACUUUGGCUGUCCUGUAACCCACCUAUGGUGGCAAACCUUGCCAGCCAUGCACUGUACUGGGGAGGGGGACAUCCGCAGCCAUGGUUGAGGUGGGCGUGGGAUUGGUUAGGAGCCUGCUGCUGUGCCCUUCCCUACUCUGUCCCGACACUGGGCCUCCCUGCUUACUUUAAGGAUUCCUUGCUUCUAUUCCCACUUCACUCUGGGGAUCCCUGCUUCUCCCUCUUCACAGUCUCCUCCUCUUGUCCUCCUUUCCUCUCCUGCCUGAGCAGUCCCAAGGUCCUACAGUCCCUGUCCCUUUCUCCAUGGCCUGCUUCUGCCUAGGUUGUGGGGAAGGAGGAGGAAUGGGGGUCCUGGGUGUAUUAUAUAUAGUGUAUAUUUUUUCAAUGUUGUCGUGAGCGCAACUCCUGUGUUUCUGUGUGCAGCUCACAGCCUUGU